AAUGUGGAGAUUGACAAUCUGAUCUUGCCUAUUUUAAAGUCCGCCCCGGUACUUGAAGUCCCCGCAAAUACUUCCACAGCACCCCCUCCAAGAUGGAGGCGCUCGGAGGUUAUCCCACCAAGUCCUCCAGCCCUAAAGCCAAAAUGUUACGGGUCCUGCUCAGCAUGACAGUCGGACUGGGCUGUUUGUUCCUCUUGCAAACCCAGCUACUGAAACCCAGAAAACCCAAGGACUUUUACUCUUUUGAGGUGAAAGACGCGAAGGGGAGGACAGUUUCUCUGGAGAAGUACCGAGGAAAAGCAUCGCUGGUUGUAAACGUGGCGAGUCACUGCGAGCACACAGAGGCCAACUACCGGUCCCUGCAGGAGCUCCACCGGGAGCUGGGCACGUCGCACUUCAACGUCCUGGCCUUCCCCUGCGGCCAGUACGGGGACACGGAGACCGGCUUCAGCCGAGACAUUGAGGCGUUUGCCAAGGCCACCUACGGCGUCACCUUCCCCUUCUUCAGCAAGAUCAAAAUAAUGGGAACGGAAGCUGACUCUGCCUUCAAGUUCCUCACAGAUUCUGUCCAGAAAACCCCAAAGUGGAACUUUUGGAAGUUUCUGGUGAAUCCAGAAGGGGCAGUUGUCCGCUUCUGGCGAACGGACGAGCCCGUUGAGAGCAUCCGCCAGGAGGUGGCGGCGCUGGUGCGGGACAUAAUCAUAAAGAAACGGCUGGAGCUAUGAUGGUUGAGAAACACGGGACACGCUGCAAAGUUCCUCCUCUCUGAGCUGUGACAGCCAGGAACGACUGAACGUUUACCAGCGAGUGUUGCUGGGAGAUGCGUUGCUCCAGAAACACACCGGAUUAUCCACUUUUCAACCACACAAAGGUAGAGAUAGUCAUUCAGGGCUGGUCAGAGUGUGUUUUUGUUGAGAUUCUCUUUAGUGUGUGUGUGUGUGCGCGUGUGUGUUGGUACCAUUCUGUGGUUAAUAAUGACAGGUGUGAUGAAAAUGCCUUACAGUGACCACUACAGUUGUUUUUCACCUUUUUUAAAAAGUUUUUGCAUUCCCUACAAAUGUUCAGAUUGCCUCAGUGGUGUACUUGCUACUUGCUACUUUCAUUAAAAUCUCCUUUUUAAAAUCA